AUGGACAAGCGCAACCGUUCACAGUCCCCGGCGCAAGCACGUAAACGACAUGCUUCAGCAACACCAAUCUCUAGUUUCACAAGCUCACAGAGCACUGUUGCAAGGAACUCUAACUGUGACACGGAAGAGAAGGCUUCAACUCUAAGCUCCUCGGAUCAACCAUCAAGAAUGAGAUCUUCACCUUUCGACUCUUGUUUUACUUGCUCGCAGCUCGCCAACGAUACCGACAGUUCCCUCUCACCCGGCCAUUCUCAUCAUAGACGUUCAGAGACUCUUGAGGGGGUUUCGAUUCACACCCCACCAGCGAUGGCCAACUUUGCGGGUAUGGUCACACAGGGGUCUUUGACUCCAUCUAUUGAUCAUGAGACGUAUAAUAAUGGCACAAUGGUUUCUUCAUAUGCCGCAGAUGGCUUCCAACAUCCUCCGUUUACAGCGUUAGGUAAUUAUGCACAAAAAGAUCUCUUUCCCAUUUUUGAGACCGGCGAUGUCUUCAUCGAGACAAAACUGGUCACCCCACCGAAACAAUGGCGACUGCAUAGUGAGGUACUUGCGCGAUUCUCGUCAUGGUUCGCCAGAGCUUUAUCAGGCAUGGCUGCUACCGUGGUAGGGGCAACACGGGCAGCAUACACUAUUGAAGAGGUUGAUGGCGAAAUCUUGUUAAUACAAAAGGAAGCCACUAAAGAGUGGUCAUUUAUCCGAGACAACAAGUCUGAUGUACUCAGCGAUAUGGCGAUCAAAAUUGAGAACGAAGACUCAGAUUCCAAGGCCGCUCCAGGGAUCACUCCAGAACACGCGACCAUCAUUGAUAUGUACAAUCAGGUCUUUAGUGCGUUCUACAAUUUUGCAAUAAACAUGCCAACUGUCAACAUUGCCGCCUCGAUCAAUCACUUCGAGCAACUCACCAAGAUCGCUGGUGGUUUGGGCUGUCUAGAGAACCUACCGAACUUGACUUCUCAGAUGAACGCAACGCUCUUCCAACACCGUCAUUCACUCUUCCGUGCAAUCAAAAAUGAUCCCGCACGAUGGCUUCUUCUAUCUCUUUCACUGAAGAACGAAUCUAUCUACAAAGAGUCCCUGAUCCACAUGUGUGGUGCCCAUCCCUGCUGGCCCUGGCCUACACCGCGCUCCAGCCUACCCAAAGGAAUCCGUCACUUGAUCACUACGAAAAGCUUCCAACUGCAUCAACGAUGCGCCGAAGUUGAGCGUGAACUCCUUCUCUUGACAAUUCACGUCGGCCGCGGCACUAACAACCACGCCGUCUCACCUUUGACAAACUCAGAAUUCGAUACCUGGUUCAUAGUUUCGACGUUUCGCUCCAUCCUUGGCCAGGAACUCAUCAGCCUAGACAACAAUCGUAAGAAACCUCUCUUACGCGGUAACAUGUUUCGGAAGAUUAAGAAGGGAGAAGGGUACAUGCCAUAUGAAGAUAUGAGACGCAUGAUGGAACAGGUUAUGCCGUCUGCGGUGCAGAAUUUGAGUGAGGAUCUGGCGAUGCUGAAGAGGGAGGCGAGUAUCUAUGUGGAGGACUUGGCGCGGAAUGAGUGUUUGCUUGAUGUCGAGGCACAGAAGGUGGGGUGGCUGACUUGUGUCAAAAUUGAGAAGGAGGAUAUACCUUGGGGGAGUGGC